UUCUGGUGUUUACUACGCGCGCCUGCCAAAGCUGGACAGCUUUGCGCCUUCCAUAAGGGUCUGUUCACGCCUGCCUGCAACACUUCUCGACUUUGUUUCGCAACGAGCAACUUGCACUAGCGUAAGAUAUGCGCUGACCGUGCGACUCAACGUCAUUUCGCUGCCAGGCGGAGGACGCCUUACAGUUCGGUUUGUCGUGGUUUCAACUUCAAUCAUCUUCGAAAUCUAGACUUCCAGCUCUGACAACGCAGUUCCCUACAGUGAAGGACUCUUCGCUAGACGUGCUCCGCCACGAUGUGCCUGACGGCGGGUUCACAGACUGCAAUCGCCCUGGAGUGCUGGGAGAGAUUGGAGGAACGAGAGGAUGGGGUGUUUUGCGAGAUUGACGGGCAAAGCCUGCACAUUGCCGACGUUGUUGCAGCAGCACGCCAUGAUGGCUUACCCGAGCUCGUCAUCCCGGAGUCUGUCGUGAAUAACUUGCAGAGUAGUGUGGACGUCCUUGCUGGGCAUCUCGCAAAGGGCUGGUACGUAUAUGGCGUCAACACCGGCUUUGGCGGGAGCGCAGACACUCGAACCGAUCAGAUGGUGGCUCUGCAGGCCGCUCUUAUGCAACUGACCCAAGCUGGCGUGCUAUCGCCUGGAGACCGCGGCCUUGCGACCGGGACGCCCGUCGAUAUAUCCAAUGCGAUGCCUGCCGCAUGGGUGCGUGCUAUGAUGCUUGUCCGGAUCAACUCGAACGUCCGAGGACACUCUGCUGUAACAGCAAAGACACUCCAGGCCGUCGUCCGUUUGUUCAAGGAAGGCAUAACACCCGUGGUGCCGCUGAGAGGAUCGAUAUCUGCGUCUGGAGACUUGAUGCCAUUAUCGUACGUUGUAGGGGCUAUGGAGGGGAACCCGGACAUCUUCGUCCAACUGCAGAUUGAUGGCCAGCGCCAAACUGUGUCUUCCCGCUAUGCCUUGGCGCUCCGGGACAUUGAGCCUGUGGGGCUUGGUCCUAAGGAGGGUCUUGGACUCAUCAACGGCACUUCCGCGUCCGCAGCACUUGGCUCAAUUGUACUCUACAGGGUUCACCAGCAGAGCGUACUUACGCAGGCACUUACUGCUAUGGCAGUUGAGGCUCUCGACGGGACGGCUGAAUCAUUCCAUCCAUUCAUCGCGCAGAUUCGACCGCAUCCAGGACAGAAGGAGGCAGCUCAAAACAUCUACGCCUUCUUGUCCGGCUCACAGCUUGCGCGGACUGGCGGAAAACAUAGCCGUGCAGUGAAUGAAGAUCUCGCACAAGACCGAUACUCGCUCCGUACCGCCUCGCAAUGGAUAGGCCCACAGCUCGAGGACAUCGCCUUGGCUCACCAUCAGAUAACCACCGAGCUCAACUCAACGACCGACAACCCGCUUGUUGAUGUAACGGGCGAGGGCGCCAUCUUCUGCGGUGGCAAUUUCCAGGCCAGCAGUGUCACUACAGCUGUGGAGAAAGCGAGACUUUCCAUGCAGAUGUAUGGCCGCUUGCUGUUCACUCAGCUGCAGGAAAUGGUUGACCCCACGAUGUCCAAUGGACUGCCCGCAAACCUUGCCUCGGACGACCCAAGCUUGUCCUUCACCUGUAAAGGUGUUGACAUCGCUAUGGCGUCCUACAUGGCCGAGUUGGCCUACCUAGCGCAGCCGCUCUCUUCUUACGUCCAGGUUGCGGAGAUGCAUAAUCAAGCAGUGAAUAGCAUGGCUUUUGCGAGUGCCAGAUACAGCAUGCAGGCUGCGGACUUGCUGAACUUGAUGUGCGCGAAUCACCUCUACGCAUGCUGUCAAGCGGUCGACCUGCGAGUGUUGCACAUGCUAUUCAUUGAGAAGGUGCAGUCUAAGAUCAUCGAGCUUGCCGUCUCACGCUUCUUCAUCUCAAUGGAAGGAGGAUCUAUUGGCCAAUUAAUUUUAUCCUUUCAUACGCAGAUGUGUUUCAGCUGGAAGACAAGUAGCAAGCUAGAUUUCAAGGACCGUUGCGCCAAAAUGAUUGCAUCUCUCAUGCCGCGUCUGGUAGAGCAGCUUGCAAAGGAGCCUGAAGUCACUCUGCGUGUUCUGGAUGACUUUCGCCAUGAAGCAACGACAAAAGCUUUCAAGAUCUGGACAGAAGCACAUACUGAAUUCUGCAGAACGCAGCCAACAGCAGAAUAUCUUGGAUCCGCGGGUGGAGCACUCUACUCUUUCGUUCGCGGCGAACUUCAGGUACCCUUUCAUCAAGGUUUUGUUGAGCAUCCGCAAGGCUCCAGCACAACACCGAACGGCCGUCUGAAGAAGACAAUAGGCAACUGGAUCUCGGACAUUCAUGCGGCCAUCUGCGUUGGACGACUGGAUGCUGUGGUCAUGAAGCUUGUUCGCUCUCAGCUGAUCGAAACGCGGGACUCAGCAGCAUCCCAACAAGGGCAGGACCGUUCGUCUCAGUUGGCGACUUGAUCUCUAAGAACCUGGUGAAGAGUGAAACUAUACCGAGCAUAGCACCGGCAUCCGACUCGGGCAUUUCUGUAAUCGGCUUGCCGUAACCUAAGCGCAGUCGUGUGGGAGUCGGCGUUGAGGGGAGCCUCGCGGAGCCAGUGCACUGGUUGCUAGAGCGAGGCACAAGGUGCUAGUUCUGCCCAAAGGCGUGCCCUGUAAGUCAAGAGGCCGCCGGCGGUAUGGUGACGCUGGUCCAUCGCCUCUCAUGCCAGAACUGCCGGUGCCCACAAGCAUGCAACUGAGACAGUCACAAUGUAGAAGACCUGUAUCGAUACUUGAUAGAGUAUUGAUGAAAGCUACAAGGCUACCGAAUCACUUCCAUCAAUC